UUUUCUGUUUUGCUAUAUAAUGAGACAUAUAUAAAGUAAUGAGCUUUGGGGGGCUGUGAAUGAGUGAAGGAGUGGAAAAUGAAAAAAAAAAGAAAACUGAAUGAGUGAAUGGGAAGUGAAAAGAAAAAAAAAAACUGAAUGAGUAAAAAAGUAAGAGCUCAUCUGGUCAAUCCAUAAACUACUAUGUCCAUAUGAAUAAACACUGCCAUCUUGAUGACGCACUGCUUGUAAUGUUCUCCACAGUACUCCAUCUGGUUUUCUUGAAGGCGCAAUCUGGUAGUGCUAUUCCCAAACAAAUUAAAGAUGCAUCAUUCCCUAUCGUUUACCUUGCAAAAAUUGCGGGAGAGGCAGCUCACAAUCCAUCUAUGUUCGUAGGAGUCCUGGUAACAGUAACUCAUUUCAUGGCUAGUUCUGGUUGGAAUUACUCACUCAAAGUGUAUGGUGUCAAGAAUAAGCCCUCUUUGAGAAGUGCUGGAACCAACGAUAUAAUGACGUUGGGUGUCGUCGCAAAUUCGAAAAAAACGAAAAUAUAUUUACUAUGUUGCAACGUUUUCUCUACUGAAAGGAAAGAUAACAUCAGAAAAUGA